GCGAUGCAAGAGAUUAAAUUAUAAACCUCUGCGUUUUUAAUGAGAGCCCUGCCCAGUCUGUAGAGCAUGGCAGUUUUGGACAAGAUCUUGUUUUUGCAAGAGCAAAAAGAUGUGGGCGUGUAAAUUCUAUUACGUGCACAUGUCACACUAUGCAGACUUGAUGACAGCAAGGUAGAUUUGGGCAUUUGAGGGGUAAAGUUUGGGCAUUUGAGAGGAUUUCAGAGUGUUUAAUUGGAAGGUGAUAAAUCAUACAAUGUAAAGCUUACAUUAUAUUGAAAACAUAGGAUGAGUAUCUUACAAAAUUUAUAAACAAUUGAAUUCGAGAAAUUUUCACAAAAUCCAAGUUUUCUAGUCUGUUCUAGCCUAAAAUAUAUGAUUUUAAUAUUUGGUAUUUAUUUUGAAUUCCAAAAGUUUUUUCAAAGUAAUUGGUAGCAAAUAUUAGUGAGAGGUUUAGUAAGUGGUCAGGAUGGGGGACUGAUAGAACCAUUUUUAACAACUUUCUAAGAUUUAAAUUGGGUUCUUAUUAUCAACAAGAAGUUUUGAAACAUGCAUUUGUGAGCAUCCUGUUUUUCUUUACCUUUUUUUGGUGUAAUCCACAAAAUAUUUAAGUGUUUAUGAAACUUCUAUGAAUCUCAAUUAAAUAGCCAAGAGCUCAGCCUUACCAACCUACUGAUUGCCCAGAAUAUUGUCAUCUUCCCAAAAUCAUUAACCAAAUAUUAAUUAGUACAUAAACUAACAGAAACAUUAAUGAUAUUUAUUUCAUCUAUUAGAAGUAGCUGUAUUUUAAGAAAAGUUUAUUAAGUAGUCAGAAUGAUGGAAGAAGAAAUCAAAUAUUUAUUGUUUUUAUUUUAACCAAGAGAAAAGCAAUUACAAUUGUUUCUUAGUAUCAUUUUGUUGUAUUUUAUGUAUUGGUUUCAUUUUAAAUAGCACAUUGCCAGAAGUUGAGAAAAUAAUUGUUUUAAAAUUAACUUUUUAAAAAACAGGGAUUGACAACCCUUGCUCUUUGAAUGUCCAAAAGAAAUUCUAAUCAGCAGAAAUUUUGAAGGGCAUGACACCAGCCCCACCCAAAACUGAGCACCCCUCAAAUUUUUUUCUGGAUCUGCCCCUGAGUCCACCAAAAGAAAAUCUUUAAAGACUAUCGAGUUGUUCUCAGUCUACCUUCAACCAUCAGCAAAACUAAGUAUAUCUGGGGAUUAUGAUCUUGAAGUUUCAACAGAAGAAAUCAUACUGUUUGAUGUAAAAUGCACAAAUGUGAGACUUGUUUCGUGGCCAAUACCAUCCUUACGGCGGUUUGGUUUUGAUGCCACUAGGUUUACUUUUGAGGCUGGAAGACGCUGUGACACUGGGGAGGGUAUGUUUGUUUUCAAGACUAAGGAUGGUGAAAGAAUCCAUCAACUGGUGCAAAGCUAUGCACACCAACUAGCAUUUGAUUCCAGUAAAUGCUUAUCAGCUGAUGACAGUGACAAUGACAAUUGCAUUUUUCGUCCACUUCCUCCAGUUCCAAAUGAAAAAUGACAACAUGUUGCUGUGGUAAUAUCUUGCAAAUAGAGCACUUAAACAAUCUACCGCCCGAGAGAACAAUGGUCAAAUCAGAUGGGUCUUGAUUCUAUUGUUUACGUAAUGUCGAGGCGAUUUAUUGUGUAGUGAUGACAAUAAACAAACAGAAUGCAUUCUGGCAAUAUUACGGCGACCUCCAGACAACUCGCAUCUCUCCCAGCAGAAGCGGGCAAGUAUUCAGUCGAUUAUCAUAGAAAAAGAUCGGAUAAUAAAUGGUUGUGAUACAGAUAGACGACAACAUGACGGCAGAAGUCGAUGAGAGAGGAAAGAAACUGAAGAGGUUUGAUGUCACAGAAACACAAGCUUAUAAGGAUCUGUAUGCGAAUAAUCUAAGGAUGUACAGUUUUCUUAUGACGAAGGAGAUGGAUCGAAAGAAACAUGAAAGACUCCGAAACCGAAAAGAGGAGUAUUUCCAAAACCACGUGGCAACUGAGAACAACCAAAGAAACAAUCGAUUGCUGAAAAGUUUCAAACAGAUGUCACGCAUGCGAACUUGUUUGUCAGAUUUAGACUUGAGUAGAAUUUCUGAUUCUGAUUCCGAAAAUUCCCCCCAAGCAAACUUGAAACAGAGGUCUGAAACAAAAGCAGACUUGCACCUUAGUCAAAAUCAUAAAGAAGGAGGAAGAGUUAAUAGCGAGAGACCACGAUCAUGGACGGCUCUUGAUAAUGGCAGCCCGAAACUUCCACGUGCCAGUUACUUCAAUGAACGACGAUCAAGUGCAGGCCAAGUGACCACACCAAAGUAUUUAGCAGUACCUUCAGGAUUUGACAGAGCCCCUUCACCAUUAACAUCACCUGAAUCACCAUCAGACCCAGCAACCUUUUCAGCAUUCAAAGUAUCACCGACAAAACAGACGUAUAUCCCAGCGUUACGGCGACAUUUUUCAGACCUCGGUGAUCAUCGUAACAUAAAUUCGGAAAUUUGUUCUGACAGUGAUGCGACAAAUUCUGACAGCGAGACUUCACAUGCUGAGGUCAAUGGAAACGAAAACCGAAAAGCAAGUGGAUCGCCCAGUCUACAGAGAGCAAGGCAAGCGCGAAUACGCCAAGAAUAUCGAAAAGCUCGCAUUGCAUCUCUUGAAGGAGAAAUUUCAAAAGCAAAUUCAGUUUUGAAAGACAUUAAAAAGAAAGCACAUUCACUGCCGAAAGAGAUUCCAGAAAACAGGGUAGCUGAAUUCUCCAAAGAGGAGAGCAAAGAAGUACAGUAGAAUGAAGAAUGCUAUAUUCAAGUAAUUCAAAAGUGACGUCACAUCCGGUAAGGAAGGCGGGGUAGUGAAACCCUUAACUACGCGUGGUUGGUUUCGUAGAGGUAAAGAGGCUCUUCUACCUGUUGUUUUUGAAUAGUAUACGUAGGUUUGAAGGACUAUUUUCCCCAAAUGUCAGGCAAGAGAAUGCAACCCAUACUUAAACAUAAACGAUCCAUUGCACACGAAAAUUGUUUACCAACACCAAUGCAAUCUUGAUGAAAAAGUUGUUAAUCGGUUUUCGAAAGUUACCUGAGGAGUCUGGAUAUAUUGAAGACACGAGGACAAAUUUCGAUGCCCUGUACGACGUUUUUAGACCGGCCUCUCUAGUCAAAAAAUGUUGUGGCAGCGUUGAUGUGCCGCCAGAUACCAGGCUGAACAAAUACUGACGUGUCAAUCGUUAAUUCAAGAUAUGAUCAAAUGUGGGAUAGGUCAAGUUUUUUAAAAGAAGUUGAAAUGCACGCAAACCGCUAUAGCAAACCACGAGAUAAAAUAUUAUGUUGAUUUUACUCUCGCUCCAAUUUAAAGAAAUUAAUUAAGACAUUAAAAAUGAUGCAAAUCACUAAACUGAUCUGGAUACAUCAUUUAAUUACAGUAAAUAACAGUAAUAACAGUAAAUAAUAGCGAUUGAAUACAGGCUAAAGAAGUAGUCCUCUUCGCCAUUAAUCAAUCCAUUGCUUUUGAUCAAGGUGCUCUACCUCCCAGUAUAAUUUGUCUUUACCCCGUCGUUAUUGGCUUAGCUUGAGUAAAUUCAAACAGUUUGUAAUCAUUAGUAAUUUCUCAUGUUCUGUUUUUUUCAGGCCGUUGAUGUUUAAAUACGAUAUUUCGAUAAUAAGAACUGCUAAUGAAUUUUGAAAGAUAUUAGACAGCUGACAUAAAUUUAAGUCAACUAUUUUUGUGAUGCAUAAUCAAAUUAUACACCUUGUAUCAUAAGAUCAUUCUGCGAAAUGUUUUCUAGGACAUUUGAUAAUAGUGCAAUAUAUACGAGAACAGAAAAUGUAUGAUAUGAUAUUUAGUUAUAGUGUAUAUAACAAUGUCAUUGUAAUCAAUUUUUUCGAUUGACUAUUUUAUAAUUGAUUUUUCUGUCGUCGAAUUCAUUUAUUUUGUUUAUCCUAAAUACAGGCGAAAUUGGAAAUUUUCCUAAUCUGUGUCAAAUUACUUUUUACAGUCAUGAAUAAGACUUGUUAAAAACCGUACUCCACUGAAAGCAAUUCAGUUGUAAAAAGCAGAUGGUAAACGAGUUAUAAUAAAGUCAUUACUCAGGACUCAAGCACAAAAUCAAUACGAUUACCAUUAAGAUCUUCUUGAAUUGAAAAAUGUUAGGAACCCCCAACCAGAAGCUCCGUGAAGGAGGGACCAAGGGUAGUUGCCCCUCCAAUACAUAGAGAAACUACUAGCAAAAUACAAGCUUUAUGAGUAUAGCUCAAAUCUUUAUUGUGAAAGUGACGGUUGUCUUAUUUGCUCAAAACACCUUGGAUAGAUAGAAAGUCUGGUUUUUAUUAUCAAUCGAUUGUUCCCGAUGGCGGUACCACAGAAGAAGGGGAACUCUGGGAACACACCCCCUCCAGUUCUCAGCUGGUUCGAUCUCGUCGUUGAAAAUGUCUUUACGUUGCGAAAAGUUAGACACGGGCGUUCCAUGUUGGUAAAAGGGCGUUUACUUGCAGUAAAAGGACGUGGCUCAAGGGUUUCUUGACUGCUCAUGGAGGUGCCCCUUUUCUGUCUCAAGUGCGCCUACUUUUAGAGUGCGUCCGACAUCUGUGGUGUGCCCCUCCCUCAGUGGUGGGCCUUUACCGUCUCAGUCUGACCUUGAUAAUUAUGCAUCGUAGCCUAAUUUCUUAGAAAUUUAUUCGAUUUUGCUGAAAAACAGAAGAUGAUAGUAUUUCCCUUCUCCUGAGAAUUUCUCCUUCUACCCCCAAAAGAGUUUAUUGGUGACACUGGCUAUCACC